CACUGGAAAAGCCGGGGAAGUUAAGACCUGGGGGUUUCAGCAAUUUGCUCCCUUGAGUUUAAUAUGUCCUAACCACAGGUGCGCGUGGGAACACCCGCGUGGGGCGCGUGGACUGCAUCACGCGGGCGACAGUCAUCACGAAAACGAGGCCAGCGCCAUAUUGGAAAGUGUUGAACUCAAAAGAAUUAAUCAUGCCAAAGCGAAAAGAAGCGAGUGAAGAGGACACUAGAGAGUCUUCUUCUACAUCCCCUAAAAAGAAACACAAGCACAAACAUAAAAAGCACAAGAAAAAGAAGGAUCAUGGACCUGAGGGUUAUGACGAGGAACGUAAAAAGGAAAAGAGCAAAGACAAGAGCAGAUCAAGAGAGAAAGAAAAAGACAGGGACAUGAACAAAGAUGAAGGAAAAGCUGUGACCCUUAAGAUAAAACUCAGGGGUGAAACUUUAGCAACAACACAAAUGGCCAAAAUAGUUCCAGUUAAAUUACCAGAGCCUGUUAUAACCAGUGGGGAGGAGGAAGAAGCUGAAGAGGACAGUUACCAGCCAUCUUGGCAAGGAAGUGAAAAAGAAGAACCUGAAGUUGCAGAGAAACAUCAUGGAGAUUCUGAUGAACAAGAAGAGCAGAAGUGGUUAGACGCUUUAGAGAAAGGUGAACUGGAUGACUUUGGGCGGGUCAAACAGGACAAGGAUGUGAGCAUGAUGACUGCGAGACAGAGAGCCAUGCUUGGACAUGAAAUAGAGGGUGAAAAUCAACUUUUGGAGCUUCCAACAGAACCAAGGCGAAAAAAUGAAGACACUGAAGAAGCUCAGAAGAGACGAAAGCAAAGAGCCAAGAAGAGAAAACAGCAAAUGCAGAAAAAAAUUGAGGAAAACAAGACUCAAACCGUGAAGAAACUGCUGGAUAGAGAAGCUACAAGAUCACGCAAAGAAGAGGAGAAGGCCCGGAAAAGGAAGCAAGAAGUACCUCACAUUAGGUACAUCAGUAAUUACACAGGAUUCGCUUUGUCCUUUUCUAAAGGGUUGGAGUUUCCAUUACAAGUGCAAUCCACUCAAGGAUCUCCAAAGCCAAAGCCGACAUGUUCAGCUCAAGGAUGUAACAAUUUGAAGAAAUACUCAUGUUCCAGCAAUGACCUGCCAGUUUGCAGUAUGGCAUGUUACAAGAAGGUUCAACUCAUUCCUGGGAGAACAGAAGCUGUUGUAUAACAAGUCAAAUCAACUAAAUGCAGUAUUAUUUUCCCAUGGAUUUCAGACUCUAGAUUAUAAUGUCAGAUCUGAAAGACUGAACAUCCUGAAGAAAGUGAAACCACUGGUAUUUUUAAUCUCCAUAAUGUGUAAAUUUGCAUGAAUAUUUUGUCUGAUACCUUUUUCAGGCCAAAUCCCUUUUUUGUCCAAAAUGGUAUUUUUGCCAUUGUAUUUGUUUCAUUUUGGUUACCCCUUCUUUAUAUAAUUAUUAUAUUGUAUACUAAAGGGAGUGAAACGUUUGUCAGUUUUUGAAAAAUUGGAAUGUUUUUUUCAAGUAACUAUUUAAUGGAGACUUGAGGAGUUUCAAAGUUGCUCAGUUGUUAAUACAUGACAAUAAUAUUUUAUUACAAGCUUGAAGAUUAUAAUUGAAGUUGACAACGUUUUAUCAAUACAAACAAGGCAGGUUUCAAGUUACAAUUGAUUUUCUGUCAGUUGUCAAGACAAUUUUGCUAUGGGCUGGGAUGAGCAGUUCAUUUAUGAACUCCAAUCUGAUAAUAUUAUCAUUAACACUACUAACAGUUUUCUAAUUGCCCAUGUACUGAUGUAACACAGCAAUUUGCUUUUCUGGGAUUAGUUUGUGACAAAACUGUACAAUAAUAAUCUCAAACUUGACUACUACAUGUGUGUUAUAUUAAUAUAACUAUGUAAUAUCAGGGUCUACUGCAGAUUGCCUAUAUAGAGAAAUCGGAUGAAAAGUCAUUUCUCCCUAAAAUAGCCGUCAGGGUAGUAGUCAAUUGUAUGCUUUGUGGCUAUAAAAUUCAAAGCUUGGUGAGCUAUCUAUGCCAACAUUUUUUGUUUAUGAAGUAGAGGAGGUGGGGGUGGGGGGUGGGCUCCAUCAUAUGGAAUGGAAUAUUUAAGACAUAAAGAACAAUACCAGCACAUUACUUUUCAUAAGUGUUGAUUGCUAUCUAUCUUUCUCUUACAGCUCACAUUUAAUAUUAAUAAGAUCAAAUAAAAAUUACCUAAUUGAAGGUUGUUUUAAAUCUAACAGGAACAUUUCACAGGAACCAAACACCAAAUCGGUCUUUCUAAUAUAGUACAGAAAAAAUACACAAUAAUAUUUAGUUUUGUUGUACAGUACAUGUUGUACAGUACAUGUAAGUUAUUUUUUGUUCAUUAAAAAAGACAUUCAGUUA